GUGCUGAAAACACUGAGCGGCAAACUUCCCCCCUUGUUUCAUUUCGAGAGACAAAACCCUCUCACAGACACAAGUCGCACAGACAAAACACUCUCGCACACCUCCGCUCAAGCUCACCUCCACUCAAAAACCUCCGCUCAAACUCACCUCUCCACCGCUCAAACUCACCUAUCCGCUCAAAAACACCAUCUUCGCUGCUUAAAGUCACCUCUAAUUAGGUAAAAUCGGGGUUUCAGGUUCAACCGGGGCUUCGAUUGAGAGCUUCUUCGCCGACAAAAUUAGGGCUUCCGGUUCCUUUUACUUAUUUUGAGUUUAUUUUGCUUUUCACUGAGGUUAUGUUCUUAAUUUUGUGUAUUUCUUUUCUAGGGCUAGGAUUGAAUUGGGUCUUUAGUGGAACUAGGGCUAGCUUCGAUUUGCUUCGAUUUAAGUGAUGGAUGCUGAGGAAACUUGGACCGAUCUCCCCAAAUAUAGUGAACAGUACAUUACGGGUGUAAAGGCAUUUCUGCUAAAUGCCUUCCCCAAAUUUGCUGUUGGUGAUGAGAUGACCUGCCCUUGCAAAAAGUGCAAGAACAUCAAGUGGCAGAGUCACGAUCUUAUCUAUGAUCAUCUCAUCUGCAAUGGUCCUUGUCCAUUAUUUUCAGCAAAGGUAUAUUAUACCUGAUGAAUGUGAAACUUGGGUGCUGGAUACCAUUCAUGCAUCUUGGAGAUGCCGAAAAAGUAGAAUUAAGGAGGCACAUUACAAAGCAUAUCCAACUGAUGAAGAAAGGCUUGAACAUAGGCCCGAUGAUAUUCCACUGGAGAUUUCAAAAUGCUCCUCGCAUAUUGGAAUGACGAGAGUAUUCAGUAUAAAGCAAGAAAAAAUGCAAGAAGUCGUAGCAAAUAUGCGGAGACGCACACUGCAGGUCCAAGGAGUUUGGCACAAAUUCGAAAUGAAAUGAUAAAGGAGGUUGAUGGUACUGCACCAUCGGAUGCAGAAGUUUUUGUCAAAACUCGCAAGCGAAAUCCUGGCCGCGAGUACAAGACUGAUACCAAAAAAAUCUCAGAGAAAGUUGACGAUAUCGAAAAACAAAUCAAAAUAUCAGGAGAUGGCACUGAUGAGCUACUACUUUCUGGUGGCAAGAAGCAUGGGAAGACUUGGCUUUACGGGAGGUGUCCAAAUGCAACCAAAGUCCCUCGCAGUACAAGUUCAAGGAAUAGUUACGUGGAAGAUGUGGCAUGUAAGAUCAAGGAAAGUUUGGCCGAUGAUGUCAAGGAAUCAGUGAGCAAGCAAGUCCAAGAAGAAGUGGAUGCUCAAGUAAACAAGAAGGUCCAACAAAACUUGACCUUGGCGCUUAAAAAAAUUGCGGAGGCAAACCCAGGCAUCAAAAUUAAUAUGGAGGAUUUUUGUCCAACAGCUUCGAGUGAUGAUGAAAAUGGUACGCCUAUAACUGGCGGUGGUAGCUGCUAGGUUCUCCAUGUUGUCUCCAUCUCCAGUAGUAAUAGUAUUAACCUAUUUCCUGCUUUUGGGUAUAUUUUGGUCAUCAACUAGUUGGUAAAUUAAGGAUUUGGUCAUUUCUUUUGUUUUAGUUUGCUGAAUUGUGAAUUGUGCAUUUGGUUGGAGUUGGUGAAUUGUGGAUUUGGUUGGAGUUGGUAGCUGCUUGGAUUUGGUUGAACUUGUGUAGCUAUUUUGGUUUGUAGAUGUUGAAUUGGUUGGAUUUAUUGGGAAUUUUAAUAUUUUAAGCAGUA